CCAAACACUCCAGCGUUGACAAGAAGAAGAGACGGGAAGCUUCCGUGCCGUUUACAAGGAUACCGUUUGCUGAGCUGAGCUUCGAGUGAGCGUGCUGUUCGGCUCUACAUAUACCCAGCCGCGUUUGGCUCCCGUCUGAGCACCGUGCCGAACGACGAAGCGCAGCAUGACGCACCUCAAGCUUCUCCCACUUCUUAUCGCCGCCUCCGCUUCCUUAACACAAGCAAUCACCUGGACAAACUGUCACCAAUCAACCUCCGGAGUCUACUUUGACCCCUCAUCCGUCUCGGUAACAUACGAGAAAUCGGGGGGUGGGGCACUCAUGAAUGCGCUCGUGAAUGGAACGGUGUAUGGGGAAGAAAUUGUGGAUACUAAUACUGAGACGAAUAAAUUGUCGACGCUAUUCGCCAAUACCGGAUAUUUGAGUACGGAAGUAACCCGAAACGCCACGAGAUUCUGUGAUCGCGUCGUGCCGAGGGAGGAAGCAGGGGGGAAUACGACUCAGUGUCCAAUACCGUCCGGGACGAAUACCUCGUUCCUCAUCCAACUACCUCUGGCAAAUACCUACGCCUUCACAACCCUCUACACAAAAAUCCACUUCGUCGACGGCGCAUCAACACCCAACACCCUCGGCUGCAUCUCCUUCAACCUAACCCCCUCCUUUCCCCUCUGGCUCACUCAAACCCUACGGUACUUCCCCCUCUUCACCAUCCUCCUAACGCUUCUCGCAACCCUUAUCGCCGCAUCAUGGUUUUCGUCGUUAACUCUUGAUCCAAUUAUUCUACUAUCGAAUUUCGGGGUGGAUCCGGAGGGGGUGAGAUUGUGUACCCCGGGCCCGGGGGAGGUAUGGGGGUAUGUCCAGUGGGUGCUCUUGAGCGGUGGGUUAGGUGUUGCAUAUCCGGGGUUUUAUCAGGGUGCGGUUAGUUCGGUUGGAUGGAGUGGGUUAUUGUUUAACCAAACGCUGUGGGCUUCUCAGGAACUCGUGAGUCCGCAUGCCGACAGUGGUGGUGUGCGGAGUGAUAUUUUGUGGGGGGAGGGGUGGACGGGGAGGACGUAUGCGUUGACGCGGUUGAGUAAUUUGGUGGGGUUGAGGAGGGAGGAUAUGUGGGGGACACACAUGAUAUGGCUCUCCAUCGUCGCGAUCAGUAUUUUCGCGCUGUGCGCUAUUGGACUUGUGGUAUGGAUGAUCCUCAAAAAGUUGAGGGGACAGGAUGAUGUCGUUGAGAUUCGGAGGAAGAACGGGCCGUUUGUGGUGGGCAUGUUGUUGAGGGUGUUUUUGUUGUUUUAUUUUCCGUUGACGGUGUUUACGACUUAUCAACUCGUCAUCACGGCUACUAGCUCGGCUGUCAAGACUGCUUUUGCGGUUGUUACGAUGGUUGUGGUACUACUGGGGUUACCGGGGUAUUUGGUUUGGGCUGUACGGAGGCAGAGUCCGAAUAUCCUUUAUGAUGACCAGCCGACGCUGCUCGCGCUGGGGCCGUUGUAUAAUACGUUCAGAGAGAGCGAGAGUGGGUUUUGUUGGUGGAAUCCCAUCUUGUUCAACCUUCUUCGCGGAAUUAUCAUCGGUGCGGGUCAGCGGAGUGGGGUGGCGCAGAUCAUCGUGUUGGCAUUGUUGGAGGUGGUCAAUUUUGGCCUCAUUAGGUGGAAGACGCCGUGGCAGGGACGGAGUGGGAUGAAUGUGUUUCAUGGUGCGCUGUGUCUGUUCAGGCUUGUCGAAGUUCUGUUGAUGGUCGCGUUUAUCCCCUCUCUCAACGUCUCGGAAGGCAACAGAGGCUGGGUCGGGUACGUCAUCCUUGCACUCCAUGCGUUCGUGUUGGUGUUCUUCUUCUUGUUGGGCGCGGGGUGGAGGAUUAUCGAGAUUGUGAGUAGGCUCGUGAGGGGCGGGGGCAAAGAGGACUAUGUCACCGGCCCGGGCGAGGGCUUGGAGGGUGGUAAAGUGGGUGCGAGGGAGAUGUUUGGGUUGGGGAAAGUAUUUGGGAUUCACCAGUUGGCGCAGCGAAAGUCGAAAACCGUUAUCGAUUCCGACGAGAUUCAUACCGCUGGGCCUGUUCAUACCGCGAGUAUGUCGACGCUGCAGAUGCAGGAGGUUGGUACUGGUGUGCCGAGUAGUGCGACCGGGUUUGUUGGGACGGGACAGAGGCCCAUGGUGGUGUCGAGGGGGAGUUCGGCGUUGGCGUUGUUGGAUCGCGCUGGGGGACAGAUGAGUAGUAGGGAAGAUAUUGCGAGUGCGUAUUCGAUUCCGCAAGUCACUCCCACUACGCCCACCGCACCGGGAUAUGCGUAUCCGCCUCAAGCAAAUUCCGAGUAUAGGUGGCCGGUUGAGGAGGUCCCUGUUGGGCAGCCGGGUGCGGCGUUCUUUAGGCCGCCGAGGAAGAGUCGGCAGUGGUCUUCGCCUAUGAUGGGGCCGGGAGCUGGAUCUCAGACGGGGAGUGCGGGAGUGAGCGUGGGGAGUCAGAGUCCGGCGUUUUCGACUAUUGCGCAGCAUUCGAGGGGGAAUAGCUAUGGUGGAGAUUACGAGGAUUUCGUACAAGCCCAUGGGGGAACGACAUCCGCUUCCUCGAUGGGGCUUUCGCAGAUUCCGGAGGCUGUUGCGGGACCGAGUAUGGGGAGGAGGGGCGUUGGGGUGCAGGCGCCGGAUGUGGAGAUUAUUGGGGCGUAUGAUAAUGGGAGGCAUGAGUAUGUUGAUGUUCCGUUUGAGGAGUAUUACGGGGAUGUCGAUAGGCCGCGGAAUGUGGAUUAUGCUGUUCGCGAGUCGGAUAUCUACAAGCAAUCUCAGCAACCGCUCUCCUCGGCGCCGAGUGCGCGGGCACGCAAGUUGGGGACUGGGCCGGCUGAUCCGACGGGACCUGUUGCUGCUGCGCAGGGGUUGUGGGGACGGUUAAGCAGGUUGUACGAGAGGAAGGAGAAGGGGAAGACUAAGGGGUUCGAGGUGGUGAGAUCUGCGCCUGCGAGGGUGUUGAGUCCGCAGCCGAGAGCAGUUGUGGAGCCUGCUAGUCCGAGGAGUAUCGUGGAGCAGGAGCAGCAGCGGAUGGAUGAGGCUGAGGGUAUGGGGGCUGCGUCGCCUUUGGUGCAGCAUGCGGCUGAAGAGGGUAGAGAGUGGGGUAGGACCUUGAGUCCGGUUAGUGAUGCACGGAGUGGAGCGACGAGUCCUAUGUCGGAUAGUUUGCCUGGGCAGAUUUCGCGUGGGCCGCCUGUGAUACCGGAGAUGGAGCCUGUCUCUGCGGAGCUGAAUAUGCCUUCCAGAAUGGCGAGUCAGCGAACUGUCGCUUCUGGGAAUUGGGCCGCGUACCCGAGCCCGCAGAUUCCUCAAGAUCCGACUCGCUUGAGUACACCGUUGAAUCUGCCAUUCCAGUCAGAUAUGUCGGAUAUCCUUGAGGAGUCAUCGGGUACGGCUUUUGCACCCUCCCAUCGUCCACGUACAAGACCAGAGUCUUCGUCUUCGAUUGCGUCGUCGAUGAUCUACCCUCCACCACCCAUCGGCACCGAUGGUACCACGCGUCCGGAUAGUGCUGGAGCGCUCUCCUUGAACUCGGUGAGGAGCCACCGCGUGUCGGAUGGGUUGCGAGCCAGUAUAACCACUGGAGGACGCGAGAGUGUUGGUGAGGUACGGAACGUGAUUGCUGAGGAGAGCGAUGAGGAUGAUGCGGAGUGGCUGGAGAGGACGUUAAGUUCGGGGAGGUUGGAGUAG